AUGCUUGAGCAGCAUAAGCGGCUUGAUGGAAAUUGUAAGACUGUCCUUGCAAAGUCUGUUGGUGUUAUUGAUGCAACUGCAGAUACUGUUUUUGAAGUUAUUUUGAGCACUGAUCAGCAGAAAAGAUAUGAGUGGGAUACAUUGAUAUGCGACUUGGAGCUUGUAGAAUCUUAUGAUGGACACUAUGAUGUUGUUUAUGGGACAUAUGAUUCUAAGUAUCUAUCCCGGUGGCACUCAAAGCAGGAUUUUGUCUUCUCUCGGCAAUGGUUUCGUGGACAAGAUGGAACAUAUACUAUUUUGCAAUGUCCUGCUGUACAUAAGAAAAAGCUUCAAGUACCUGGAUAUCGACGUGCAAAAGUAAAUCCAUCUUCAUGGGAGAUUAGAAAUUUGAACACAUCUAUGCCACCGAAUAGCCCAAGAUGUUUAGUGACCCACACUUUAGAGAUAGACUCUGCGUCCUGGUGUCGAUGGAAAAACAACCAGAACUCAAAAUUUCAGAGGAGCAUUCCACAUGCAUUAUUGUUCCAAGUGGCAGGUCUGAAGGAAUACAUUGCUGCCAAUCCUGCACUCCACCAUGAAAAUGCCACCACAGUUGUUCAUUCAAAGAUCUCUGAUGCUUCUAUUUCUAGUGCUGAAUAUGAGGAUGAAAUGCAGGAUGAGUUUUAUGAUGCAAUUACAGCUGAUUCGUCAACAUCUGAUGAAGAAAGUGAUGAUGAUCAAAAACUUGUUCUACAGGAGCCAAGAGUCAAACUAAAGAAUAUUUCAUGGGCAAUCACAACGUUAGCUUUAAAGCGAACUGCAGCUCCCGAUCUGAGCGAAGAAUUGAAUCCUCAUGUAACUCCUAUCACAAUUCCAAGUGACUUGCAUGGGUCUUUACGCAAAGGAAAGGAUGACAAUGACACAAACUGUUGGGAUUCUCCUACUGGGAAAGGAUUUAAGAUUAGAGGAAAGAACUAUCUGAAAGAUAGUUCAAAGGUCGUUGGAGGAGAUCCUCUUCUCAGGCUUGUAGGAGUCGAUUGGUUAACUGUUGAUAAAUCUGUAGAUAGAAUUGCCCUUCACCCUAAAUGUUUGGUUCAGUCAGAAGCCGGGAAAAAGCUUCCAUUUAUCCUUGUCAUUAAUCUCCAGGUUCCUGCUAAACCAAACUACAGUCUGGUUCUAUAUUAUGCAGCUGAUAGACCAAUAAAUAAAGAUUCUCUGUUAGCUAAGUUUGUUGAUGGAAGUGAUGCAUUUCGGGACUCAAGAUUCAAGCUUAUUCCAAGUAUAGUUGAGGGAUAUUGGAUGGUCAAGAGAGCUGUAGGAACCAAAGCUUGCCUCUUGGGAAAAGCUGUUACCUGUAAAUACUUUAGACAAGAUAAUUUUUUGGAGAUUGAUGUGGACAUUGGAUCAUCUUCUGUAGCCAGAAGUGUCAUUGGCCUUGUCUUGGGAUACGUUACAAGUCUAGUUGUCGACCUUGCAAUUUUGAUAGAGGCAAAAGAAGAAUCGGAGCUGCCAGAGUACAUUCUUGGAACGGUUCGAUUAAACCGUUUGAAACUUGAAUCUGCUGUACCAUUGGAAGACUAA